AAACCACUUGCCUUUGACCAUCAUCACCGUUCGUCAUCGUCAUUCACCAUGCAGACCUCUCAGCCAUUGUUCAUCAUUGCUCGUGCAGGAACGUCGUCAUUAGCUCGUGGAGGUGCAACUCGUGCAAGUCAAACCUCUGUUCGCUCGUGCAACUUGUGCAGGUUUGUUCGCCAUUUAGCUCGUCAUCAGUGUCAGAUCUGCAGAUUUGGUCGUGAGGUUUUCAGAUCCAGUCGUCUAUUUGCCCGAUCUACUCAUAGGUCUUCUGAUCCAGUCAUCAAUGUGGUGAUUCAGCUCUAUUUCAUAGGUCCGACACUCGCCGACGUUGUGCAUGUGCCAGAUCUUCCAGUCUCAACUCAGAUCUAUUCCAAUCUUCGAGCUCCGGAUCAAAUCCGUUCAAGCUUGUGGGUUGUGUGAAGUUCUUCACAAUUUUUUAUCUAAUUUACUAUGAUCGAUAAGGAAGGCAGUUUAAUUUUUUAAAAUGGCAAUUGAAACGGGAAGUGAAAAGUUAAGGUGUGACAAUGAUUCUUUU